UGGAAUGUUGUCUCAGCUAACUACAAAUAUCAUUGACUUUCUGUGUCUGCUCCUUCCCUAGUGAACUCAGGAGAGUCAAGGACAUGCUCAGCACCUCAAGGGCUGCUCUGGAGGAGAGGAAUGCAGCAGGCACCAUGUACCUCGCUUCCUGAAGAACCUGGGAACUGAUUUCUGCCAACAACAGGCUGAGAGGGGAGUGCCUGUCCCUGGAGCACCUACAGCACGGUCAAGGAGCUGAGGAGCCUGCAGAGAGCUCUGCUUGCAGAUGCUUCGUUGAAGGCACUCCCUCACCCAGAGAGAACAUCUCACAGAAUGGGGAGGGUUGGAAGUGUCCUCUGGAGAGCAUCAAGUCCAACUCCCCUGCCAGAGCAGGAGCACCCAGAGGAGGUCACACAGGAGCACAUCCAGGGUCCUGGUUGCUGCUAAUAAAGAAAGGUUUGGGUUUUCCACUGUUGUUUGAAGUCCAGAAGAAGAGCAGCAGGCAGAAGGGGCAGGAGCUCAGCCAGAUAGACUCUCUCAUCUUGAAAACACCCUAAGGAGUUUCUGCCUCCCCUCAGCAACCACCAGAAAAGAAACAAGGGUGAGCAGCACUGGAGCAGGCUGCUGAGAGUCUCCAUUCCUGGAGUUGUGCAGAACUUGCCUGGAUGCUAUCCUGGGAGACCUGUUCUGCCAGAGGGAUUGGCCUCAACGAUCUCCAGAGGUCCCUUCCAACCUCCCACCCUGUCCUGUGGAUCAAGGGAACUUUGUGUGGGUUUCUGGCAUGCACGCUGGAUGGCAGUGAUGUGAGUGGCAACCCUGCUGUGCCAUGAAGAUGCUGAUGGUUUAGAGAAAAGAGACCAGUUUGGAAAAGAGGGUGGCAGAGGGAGAGCAUAAAAAAAAAACCAGGGGGGGGAAAAAGAGAGAAGACAACAGCUGGAGGAAGGCAAAGGAGGACGUGAGGACGUUUGCCGCUGACAAAAGGAUGGGUUUCCAUUUAAUGAAGCAGCUGAGAGGCAUGAGCGUGGUGUUAGUGCUGCUUCCUACGGCGCUGCUGGUGGUGCUGGCGGGGGCUCAGCGAGCCUGCCCCAAGAGCUGCCGCUGCGACGGCAAGAUCGUCUACUGCGAGUCGCACGCCUUCAGGGACAUCCCCCAGAACAUCUCCGGCGGCUCCCAAGGCUUAUCCCUGCGCUACAACAGCAUCCAGAAGCUGAAAUCCAAUCAGUUCGCGGGCCUGAACCAGCUCAUAUGGCUUUACCUUGACCACAACUACAUCAGCUCGGUGGACGAGGACGCGUUCCAGGGCAUCCGCCGGCUGAAGGAGCUGAUCCUGAGCUCCAACAAGAUCACUCAUCUGCACAACAGAACCUUCCACCCCGUGCCCAACCUCCGCAACCUGGACCUCUCUUACAACAAGCUGCAGGUGCUGCAGUCGGAGCAGUUCAAGGGCCUGCGGAAGCUGCUGAUCCUGCACCUGCGCUCCAACUCGCUCAAGACGGUGCCCAUCCGCAUCUUCCAGGACUGCCGCAACCUCGACUUCCUGGACCUGGGCUACAACCGCCUGCGCAGCCUGUCCCGCAACGCCUUCGCCGGCCUGCUGAAGCUGACCGAGCUCCACUUGGAGCACAACCAGUUCUCCAAGAUCAACUUCGCCCACUUCCCGCGCCUCUUCAACCUGCGCUCCAUCUACCUGCAGUGGAACAGGAUCCGCUCCAUCAGCCAAGGCUUGACGUGGACUUGGAGUUCCUUGCACAACUUGGAUUUAUCGGGCAAUGACAUCACGGGGAUAGAGCCUGGCACCUUCCAGUGCCUCCCCAACCUCCAGAAGCUGAACCUGGAUUCCAACAAACUCACCAACAUCUCGCAGGAGACCAUCAACACGUGGAUCUCGCUCAUCUCCAUCACCCUCUCUGGGAAUAUGUGGGAAUGUACUCGGAGCAUUUGCCCUCUCUUUACUUGGCUUAAGAACUUCAAGGGCAACAAGGAGAGCACCAUGAUCUGCGCGGGCCCUAAGCACAUCCAGGGCGAGAAAGUCAGCGACGCUGUGGAAACCUACAACAUCUGUGCUGAAAUCCAGGUGGUGGUGACCGAGAAGUCCCACCAGCCCCCCAAAACCCCUCAGAGACCUCUCUUCAUCCCCAGACCCACUGUUUCCAAACUGGAAAGCAAUCAGCCGACGUCCGCCGCGCCGAGCCCCUCCGCGGAGCCGCCGACGCCCGGGGUGGAACCGGACUACGAGCACGUCUCCUUCCACAAGAUCAUCGCGGGCAGCGUGGCUCUCUUCCUCUCCGUGGCCAUGAUCCUCUUGGUGAUCUACGUGUCCUGGAAGCGUUACCCAGCCAGCAUGAAGCAGCUGCAGCAGCACUCGCUGAUGAAGAGGCGCAGGAAAAAGGCCAGGGAGUCUGAGAGGCAAAUGAGCUCUCCCUUGCAGGAGUAUUACGUGGACUACAAGCCAACAAACUCUGAGACCAUGGAUGUAUCGGUUAAUGGAUCUGGGCCCUGCACCUAUACCAUCUCUGGCUCCAGGGAAUGCGAGGUUCCUCACCACAUGAAGACUUUACCCUACUACAGCUACGACCAGCCAGUGAUUGGGUACUGCCAGGCUCACAAACCUCUCCACGUCAACAAGGGGUACGACAGCAUGGCCAGGGAGCAGGCAGAGACAACCAACCUGGACCUGAGCCGGGACCACAGCUUCAUCGCCACCAUCGCGCGCUCGGCCGCCCCUGCCAUCUACAUCGAGAGGAUACCCAACUGACAGCAGCUGCUGCCCAGGCACCUGCCAGGGCACGGUGAUGGAGAGGAGGGCAGGCAACCCCCAACCUACCCUUCCCCUUCCAGAUGCUCCACCAGAGAACCCAGAGCAGGGAAGGGGAGAAGGUGAACUCCACCCACACAGAGACUUUUAUCCUGCGGGGAUGCAGCAGCUGAGAACUUGAGGAUUUUUUUUUUUCCCUUUGCUUUAAAACUUUCCAACCCAAAAGAAUUCCUCAGUGUAAAUAACCAGAAGAGAAUUGUCCUGUUCUUAGUAAAAAGCAAAAAAAAAACCAAAAACAAAAACAAAACCCCCCCCAACUCCCCCCCCCCCCCCCCCAAAAAAAAGAACAACCCAAUGGAAGCAAACAAAAACAGACAUGAAAGGGAUGGAGGCAGAGUUCUGUUUGUAGGUUUGGGUUUUCUACACUGCACUGGUCCAGGGAAGGAGAACCCCACAGUUCUUUUUUUUACUUUUUUUUUUUUGUUGUUGCCUUUUUUAUUUGUUUGGUUUGGUUUGGUUUGAGUUUGGGUUUUUUUGGUUGUGUUGUUGUGUUUUUUUUUUUUCUCAGUGGUCAAAUAUUGAUGCUUCAAACUUCAGCCGUGGGCAUUACAGCUUCUGUUGAACCAAAAGGACACUGGCAGUGGAUGCAGCAGAGCCCAAGAACCUGGGGUGCAUGUACAUUUCAGACACAGGCUGUACACCCUGGAGGGGUGCUUUGGAUUCCUACUCUCUUUCCUUGUGCUUCAUUGUUGACACUACAAAUCCUUUCUUGAGGGGCUCUAAACAAGAGUGGAGAAGAGGCCAUGGAGCAACAACUCUGCUCUUCACAGUGCUCCUGGAGCCAAGCUCAUGGAUGUUUGGGAGCCCAGCUGGAAGUGUGAUGUGCUUGGAAUGGCUCAGAAGGCUGACAAAAAUCAGAGCAAGAGCCUUUGGUGAAACUCACUGGCACAAGUCCUUACACCACAGGAGAAUGUGUGACCUUGGGGCUUUUUGUUUUGGCUUUGGUUUGGAGUUUUGGGGCUUUUUUUUUUUUUUUAAUUAAUUAUUCUGAUCAGUUAGGUUUUUUUGUGUAGUUUUUAUCAAUAAAAAAGAGAAAGAGCAAACAAACACAAACAGGCAAACAGCAACAGCAAAGAAGAAGAAAAGUGGUGGAAAAAAAAAUAAAACAUAAUUAUUUUGUGGUUGGGACACCACAGCAGA